AUGAACAGAGCGAUACGCUCUUCCACACCCGCGUGCACAGGUUGUACCCGAGAAUAUCGAUACAGUGCAAGUGGCACUUCGGUAGGAGCAUCACUACUAAGACCGGACGAUGCCGGGCAGUCGGUAUGCUUCAACAAUUGUUCAGGGCAUGGGCGGUGUAUCGACUACACCUGCGAGUGCGACGCCGGCUACGACGGCGAUGAUUGCAGUUUUUGUUAUAUUGAUGGCGGUGACACCGUCCUGCCGAUUCUUAGCGUUGGCGAUGUCAAUCUGACGUCUUCGAACUUCCGGAAGACACUGCACGAUGCGGGGAGUCUUCUUGUGGUUGCGACAUCACCGUCAUGCCAUCGCUGCAUUCAUCUCGAGACGGAGUACCAGUCCGCGAGCGCUGAGUUACAGGGGAAAGGGGUGCGUUUCGGUCCUGCGUCGUCGACGAAUGCAUCUGGUACAUUUCAGCAGACCAUUGUUCUUGGGCGCGUUAAUGCUGACGCCGAGCUGGCCCUCCUUGGUCGAAUCUUGGGAGGAGUUGAAGCAGCUGCACAACAUCUCCCUGUCAUCCUUUUAUGGACGGAAACACGCAAGUCCAGAAAGGCUUUGCUGUACGACGGCGCGCACGAGCGGCAUGCUAUUGUUGAGUAUGUCCGCAAGCAACUGGAACCGCCCGCAAAAAGCCUUGCAACCAUCACGGCCGUGGAAAACUUUGUAAAAGGCCCUCAGUUUGGGGCCUUGGGUACGGCUCCCUCGGAAGCAGUGACGGCACGUCGAUCUGAUGAUUCCUACAUCCUUUCAAACUCUGUGCGAAACCUGGGGUGCUCACCGAAUCGGUCCAAGAUUGUGGGGUUCUUCUCUGGUGCCGGUGAAAUGGAGGAAAAUGAAUUGGAGGACUUCAUGGAAGCAGCAACCGACUUGAAGCCCAGGUCUGACGUGUACUUUGGUUUCGUGGACGACGAAGUGGUUUGCGGGCACUUCAAGAAGCUUGGAUGGAUACAGAGGGCAUCUGAGGCGGUUCUGACCAGGCCAGGACUGUCGCGGGCCCCAAGCCUGACCUUAUGGGCGAUCUUGGAGGACAACCUGUCAAUUCAAGAUUGGGUGGUCAGGGGUGAAAUGAGGCCGACCAGAUGCAUGAACAGGUCCUUCAUGCGACUCAUGCAGCCUGUCUUUGGCUGCCUGCAGGAAAGCCUUCCUUUGGUGGGUCGCUUAUCGAACGCAAACUUCGCGCAGUACGAGCGGACGCAUCUGCCGAUGCUCAUCAUGUUUCUCGAACUUCCUGGCAGCCGAGAGCGCCUCCCGCAAGUGGGUUUCAACACCAUGGACGGCAGGCAGAUUCCUUUUCCCGAAGACCUCCCCAUCAACCGCGAGACGCUGCUCCACUUCGCCGCCGCGUUCUUGAGCGGCCGACUGCAGUCGGCUCUCGACGCAAGAAAGGCCAUGGUUGUGUCUCGGCCGUUCAGCGCGCACAACACCGUGCGGCGGAAGGACAGACGUGGAACGCCGACCGAGGUUCGAGGGGUUUCGGAACAACUGAAGCCGAAAGAUGCGAUAACGCAGACGACGGGAAAGGUCAGGCUGCGUGCACAAGGCUCGCACAGGAGCUGGCGGGGUGUCGACAAAAAACAACUCGAAACGUUUGCUUCGGGCCAUAGUAUCACGCAAUCAUGCCUACUUGUGCUGCUGCUUGUCAUCCAGCGCGUGGGCGAACGGUUUCUGGAUCUGGACAUUCCUUCGGUCCUUAUAGCUGCGAUGGACGUGACUCUCGAAACGCCGCCCCCGGAGGUAGCCAUGACGUUGCCGCCCCUUCCUGCGAUCGUUCUUCUCCCGGGCGACGACAAGGAGGCACCGUUCAGCCCCCCGGAGAGGUUUCUUCCUGGCCGGUCUCCGGAUAUCACCCCACCUCUCCCCUUCUCCUCUCCGCGUGUGCCCAACGACUACAGAUUCUUUUCCGGCGUGGGCAAGGUAGGGCCGCUAAUGAGGUGGCUCCAGGAGCACUCGUCAACUCCGUUCGAGCUGCCGGCGCUCCCGCAUCUCUCCGAAGAAGACAAGCCGCUCUUUCGCAAGCAAGUGAGGGAGCGGCAACACCUGCUGAACGCAAGGGCUUCCCAGGAGUCGUGA